AUGAAGGGCGGGCUGUGUGUCAUUUACACGUCGUUAUUGACAAUUUCUAUACUGUCAAGCUGUGCUUUAUUUAUAUUGGUGGUGUCGGAAGCUCUCCAGGUAGAGCAGGAGGAACCAAAGGUAGAUUUAUCCGGGCUCCACAAUGUUAGUAAGAAAACUGAUGUUAUUGCAUCAUCAGAGCCUGCAGAGGCGACGGUUGCGGUGCCUGCUGAAGAACCAGCAGAACAGGAUAGUGGAGGAGAUAGUACAGAGAUGAUAUUCCCUGAUACAAUAUCUGUAAACUCGGUGACAACUGAUGGGAUCUUGUGUGUAGAAUCAGAAUAUAAAGUUGUAUGA